UUAUUGGCACAAACCCUUCCUUUUUUAUUGUUUCCUCUUCCUCUUCCGCCUCCCUCUUUUCUACUCAUUUUCCACCGUUUCUUUCGGUGGAUUCUUGUUCCACAACAAUAUCCCAUGUCGGGUUUGUAUAAUCCCAACUUCUCUCCAGCAAGAGCUGUCUCUCCUCUGAUUAGAAGUAGUAACGCAGAUGUUGAUAGUCAAUACUUGACUGAAUUAUUGGAGGAGCAUCAGAAGCUCCAGCCUUUUAUGCAAGUUCUUCCUAUAUGCAGCAGACUCUUGAAUCAAGAGAUCUUGAGGGUUUCCGGUAUGCUGCCCAACCAAGGGUUUAAUGAGCUUGACAGACUGCGCCAUAGAAGUCCAAGUCCCAUGGCAUCUUCAAAUCUUAUGUCAAAUGUUGGUGGGACUAGAAUGAGUGGCUGGAAUGGUCUUCCACAGGAGAGGUUAAGUGGACCACCGGGAACGACAAUGGACUGGCAAGGAGCCCCAGCAAGUCCCAGUGCAUACACCGUGAAGAGAAUUUUGCGGUUAGAGAUUCCAGUUGAUACCUAUCCAAAUUUUAACUUUGUUGGACGGCUUCUGGGUCCCAGAGGCAAUUCACUAAAACGGGUAGAGGGUACAACAGGUUGCCGUGUUUAUAUAAGAGGAAAAGGGUCGAUCAAGGAUCCAGAACAGGAAGAGAAGCUAAGGGGAAGACCUGGAUAUGAACAUCUAAAUGAGCCAUUGCACAUAUUGAUUGAGGCUGAUUUACCAGCAAGUGUUGUUGAUAUCAGGCUGAGGCAGGCACAAGAAAUAAUCGAAGAAUUGCUUAAACCUGUGGAUGAAUCACAAGAUUAUAUCAAGAGACAGCAGUUACGUGAGUUGGCCAUGCUGAACUCGAAUUUCAGAGAAGAUAGUCCUGGACCAAGUGGCAGCGUGUCACCAUUCAACACCAGCAGCGGAAUGAAACGUGCAAAAACCGGGCGCUAGAUUUUGAAACAUUCUUCAACACUUUUUUUGAAGAUGGUGAAAAUUGAAAGCAGUGGGAAACGGCUUCAGAAAUCGUAUAUGUGUACACUUCUGCCUCCUCUCCUCUGAGAGUCAUCAUUGGGUAUGCACCUUCUUCCUUCCUAUACAUACACCAUAUAAUUUCUAUGGCUUUUGGAAACAUAAAUCAAAAGUAUAGGCUGGAGGUUCAGGUUGGCAAAAAACUCCUCUUUUUAUUUUUUGUUUUUUCUUCUUAAAAUUGAACGAUGGAUAUAGCAAUGAAGUACAAAGCGGAAGAAGUUUCUUUUUUUCUUUUGGUUCGUUCUUAUUUAUAUUCUUCUUUUGGUGAUUAUAAGGUGACGCGUGUUGUAAACUUUGAUUCAUUCGAUUUAUUCUUGUGAGUAAAACCACCGACAUUAUGCGAUACUGCUAUCGUCUAUAUUUAUAUAUUAAUAGAUUGGCAGAUAUUGACAUCUUCUGUUGCUUUGUUG